GUUGCUUUUUUUUUCGUAAGAAGUUUUUAUUUGAAACUUCAACGCUGUAAAGAAUUGUCGAAAAAGCAAAAAUCUGAAGAAUCAUUAUUAGCUGAAUUACCGUCAAAUUAACUUUCUGUAAUCAUGAGCCAAAAUUCUAAGCACCCAGCCACGAGACAAUCGAACGAAGGUAGCAAACCAGCUGCUGUCAUGCCCACCGGAUCACCGUACUACAGCCCGGAGCAAUACUUUCAGCAGCAGUUUCCGAGCGGCCAACAGCCACAGCAACAUCCGGCUUAUUCCAUCAACCCCGGGUUUCCGCCGAACAUGCAAAUGAUAAACCAUCAGUCACCUGCCAUGUCAGUUUCGUCGCCGGGACAAAUGACUGCCGUUCCGCAGUCGCCACAGCCCGGGGCGUAUCCAUCUUUCGGGGCGGCCGGGCAGUACUUUGUCGACGCCGCCUGUACGGUUCCGGUUGGUCAGCAACAGCCGCAGCCCCUUAACCAAUUUCCUGUUGGCCGGGCGAAUCAACCCGGCGGUUGUACCAAUCCCAACUGCACCCACUGCGGCAAGUCGACCGGUUUCCCAAGUCAACGGAGGUAGCUUUGCAUUUGAUCCGUUGAGUGCAUAUUCCACACUAGGAACUGACACACGGGGUCAACGAUCCGGAAAGUUGACUGUUUGUUUGGUUUUUAAUCUAAUUUGAAAUUUAAACAAGGGUUGUUGUGAUUUAUCUUUAAAAGACACGGAAGUCAGUGCUAAUUCAGCUGCAACGACAACUAAGCGAGUUAAACAGAAAAAGCUUUUCCCACAAUGUUCAUAAUUGCACCGAA